GUCAAUAGCACUUCCAACUAAUUAAAGUGUACGAGGCCCAGUAAGAUUGGUGGCGGAACCGCACAGAAUCUGGGAUCCUAUGUAGUCAUUUUGUUGUUUGCUGUAAGUACUGUAUGACGACGAGGUGGUUCUGUGACCGUUGUUCAGAAUCACGACAGUGUUGCCCUAUUUUUCUAAGUCUGCAAGUGCAAGGAGAUUGCGCAGUACUUUUUCUCAUUUAAGUUUGAAUAAUAAUUAAAAUGUCAACCAUAAACAAGGACCAGAUCAUGGAUGAAUCGAACUGUUCAGAAAGCAAAGUACUGGAUGCGAAUAAAGAAGAGGAGGAAGAGGAAGACUUACAGAAGCUUCUAAUCCCUGACGUGCAGAAUCUUCCCAUGACUCCUCCUUCCGCCGUUGAAUCCAACUUUGCCACUUUUUUCACCAUAGAUUUCAUGAAACCAGCUCACGAUCAGUACGUUUACCGGCACGCCAAUGGCUUGUGUGUGAUUGGGUUGGCUCCUUCCCACGUUGCUUUCAAGGAUGAAGGUGGAAUCACGGCCGUCGAUUUCAAUGUUGGGAAGUCUGAUCGCAGCGAGAUGAAAGUCACUGGAAAGCGGAAGAAGAAUGCACAACACUUUGAGUCCAACACUGCUCUGUGCAAAAUUUCUACCAAAAAUGAUACCUAUAUUGUAAGAUGUUGCGUUAAAGGCUCCCUCUUGGAAGUGAAUCAACAAUUGAUCAAGCAACCACAACUGCUUAAUGUUUCGGCUGACAGAGAAGGAUAUAUUGCUAUUAUCAUGCCAAAACCUGCGGAUUGGCUCAAGGUCAAGGCUUCCCUUCUUAGCCUUCAGGAGUACAAGAAAUUGAAAGAACUCAGUUGAAUAAAGUAGCUUACCCACUAAGAAUGGUGUCAUUGAAAGGGCUUGCAUGAUUUCCCAGCAUGAUGUUUCAUUAGAGAGGUUCCGAAUGCCACAAACUAGAUGAAAUCGAACAUGGUUUAGGUGCAGAAGAUGGUUAGAAACCUCUUGUACUCUCAAUCCGUGGCAUUGGUGAUUACAUAAAUCUCAACUCCACGACCAACCAAGAAUCUCAUGAUGUUGGUUUUUCUGUCUUUUUUUAUAUACAUUUUUUGAAUAAUUUAAAUUAAUACAAAACAAUGACCACCAUUUUUUAAUGAUAA